UAGAGAGGGGGUUGUAUCUUUGAAUAUAUAAAGCCUAAAUAACCGCAAAGAGCAUUAUUAUACAGUUAAGGGAGGAAAGCUUAAAGGAAGUCUCUGGGCAGGUGAGGUAGAGGAGACUGGGACAUUUUAUGACUGUUCAGAUGACUCUGGAAGAUGAUGGAAAUAUCAGAUGUGCUAAAGUUUCCUAGUAAUGCCCAAGGAUGCUGACCUGGCUUUCAGUGCCGCAUUGUUUGAAAAAGCAGAGUCCCUUUCUACUCUGAUUUCAAAAUUUUUUUCUUGUUUUUGUUUUCCUACCUUGGCAAAUACUAAAGGAAGUACUCCCUCACGUGUUACUAAAGGAGCAGUCAACCACACGAAAAUGAGUCUACAUGGUGCUAGUGGAGGACAUGAGAGAUCAAGAGAUAGACGAAGGUCAAGUGACAGAUCACGAGAUUCAUCGCAUGAAAGGACAGAGUCUCAGCUCACUCCUUGUAUUAGAAAUGUCACUUCUCCAACACGACAACACCAUGCUGAACGAGAAAAAGAUCACAGUUCCUCUCGUCCAAGCAGCCCUCGUCCUCAGAAAGCAUCCCCAAAUGGUUCCAGUAGCAGUGCUGGGAACAGCAGCAGAAACAGUAGUCAGUCCAGUUCAGAUGGUAGCUGUAAGACGUCCGGGGAGAUGGUAUUUGUCUAUGAAAAUGCAAAAGAAGGAGCUCGGAACAUAAGAACAUCAGAACGAGUGACACUAAUAGUGGAUAAUACUAGAUUUGUUGUAGACCCAUCCAUUUUUACUGCACAGCCAAAUACAAUGUUGGGCAGGAUGUUUGGUUCGGGCAGAGAACAUAACUUCACACGUCCUAAUGAGAAAGGAGAAUAUGAAGUAGCAGAGGGAAUUGGCUCUACUGUUUUUCGAGCUAUUUUGGAUUACUAUAAGACGGGAAUAAUCCGUUGUCCUGAUGGCAUAUCUAUCCCUGAACUGAGAGAAGCAUGUGACUAUCUUUGUAUCUCUUUUGAAUAUAGUACUAUUAAAUGUAGAGAUCUCAGUGCCCUAAUGCAUGAAUUAUCAAAUGAUGGUGCUCGUAGACAAUUUGAGUUUUAUCUGGAAGAAAUGAUCCUUCCUCUCAUGGUGGCUAGUGCCCAGAGUGGGGAACGAGAAUGCCACAUCGUGGUGCUUACAGACGACGAUGUCGUUGAUUGGGAUGAAGAGUAUCCACCACAAAUGGGAGAAGAGUAUUCACAAAUUAUUUAUAGCACAAAAUUGUAUAGAUUUUUCAAGUACAUUGAAAACAGAGAUGUGGCCAAAUCGGUUUUGAAGGAGAGAGGUCUGAAGAAGAUUAGAUUGGGAAUAGAAGGUUAUCCCACCUACAAAGAAAAAGUAAAGAAAAGGCCUGGGGGCCGCCCGGAGGUGAUUUACAACUAUGUCCAAAGACCCUUCAUCCGAAUGUCCUGGGAAAAAGAGGAAGGGAAAAGUCGGCAUGUAGACUUUCAAUGUGUAAAGAGUAAAUCUAUUACCAACCUUGCAGCAGCUGCCGCAGACAUUCCCCAGGACCAGCUGGUCGUUAUGCAUCCAACUCCCCAAGUGGAUGAGCUGGAUAUUCUCCCCAUCCAUCCUCCUCCCAGCAACAAUGACCUCGAUCCUGAUGGGCAGAACCCGAUGCUGUGAUGCUGGAUGUCCCUUGAAACCAUAGCAUGCUACUCUGCACAGUGCCGUUGUGCUCUCCUCCCUGCGCUGCAAGGCCGCUCUCUUCAUUGUGAAUGCACACAGCAGUGUUUAGGAAAUUGCAGGGUAGGCUUGUUUAAAGACCAAAGGUAGCUGAACGGUUUUGUUUUUUUAAGCGAGUACAACUCUAGCAUCCUGAGGUUCCAGUUAUAUAAAUGUAUUUGUUUACCAGUAGGUUUGUGAAAUUGGUUCUUUGUAUGGGGACAGUCCUUUUUCACACAUCUAGAUCUUUUCAGAAGUGGUGGAAAUUGGCAGCUGGGGGUACCUUCAGUCAAGAUAGUACUGGUUUACACCCCAGAUAAAAUGCAGAAUAUUAUAUAGUUGCACUUUAUAAGUGGUGGUUGAAUGGAACUAUUCAAGCCACCUUUAUAGUUGUGAUGCACAAUAGAACUUAAACAAGUGCUUCUAUCAAACCAUCCUUCCAGUCAGGUGUCUAGUUUAUUGCCCACCGAGGAGCACAAAAGGAGUAUUUGCCUCUGGGUGUGUUUGAAUGCUUAGGAUGAGAUUCCAGUUCAGAUCUCCCCAGGCCGUUGUCACCCUUGAGCGUGAGUUACAUGCAGGGAGAAUGAACAUCCGAGGUGGUGUUUUGUUCCAGUCUGCCUUACCCUUAAUCUGUUCACAGAUAUUUAUUUACUAAUGCAUUUUUUUCUUAAAGAGUUAUGGGAUAGGAAAAUGAAGUGUUUGCUCUUCAUUUACUAAAUGAUUGUAAACAAAUUUUUCAUCAAAAUAAAAUUCCAUUGUUUUAA